AUGGCUCCUGGCUCUUCGCCAUCUAGCAGACCACACUCGCGAGCUCGGCGCCGUCCACACACCCCAACCCGAAACAAACGCGACCUUACGGGUAUCGCCGGUCAAGCAACAUGGAUCAGCAGCGUUAUCAACCUUUUGAACACAAUUGUCGGAGCUGGAGUUCUUGCCAUGCCUCUGGCCAUGUCGCACAUGGGGAUAUUGCUGGGGACACUCGUCAUACUUUGGGCCGGUCUCACGGCGGGAUUUGGGCUAUACCUUCAAACAAGAUGCGCUGCAUAUCUUGAACGAGGAUCCGCGAGUUUCUUCGCCUUGUCUCAGAUCACAUACCCCAAUGCCGCGGUGAUAUUCGACGCAGCCAUCGCCAUCAAAUGUUUUGGAGUGGGAGUCAGUUAUCUGAUCAUCAUUGGGGAUCUCAUGCCUGAAGUGGUUCGAGGAUUUGCCGAUGAGAACAGUCUUGCUCCGUUCAUGUUUGAUCGACAUUUCUGGGUCACGGCAUUCAUGUUGGUUGUGAUUCCCUUUUCUUUUCUGCGUCGUCUCGACUCGUUAAAAUAUACAUCCGUCAUCGCGUUGAUUUCAAUCGGAUAUCUGGUCAUCUUGGUCGUCUACCACUUUGGAGCGCACGACACCCUUCCAGACGGACACUACAAGACUCCCUUACAUAUCUUCGAGUGGGCCGGCGCGAUCCCAUCGCUUGCUUCCUUCCCUGUCAUCGUCUUCGCGUACACAUGUCACCAAAACAUGUUCAGCAUCCUCAACGAAAUUAAAGAGAAUUCCCACUUCCGUACUACCUCCGUGGUCUUUGCUUCCAAUGGAACAGCUGCAUCGAUAUACAUCCUCGUGGCAAUCACGGGCUAUCUGUCCUUUGGUAAUGAAAUUGGCGGCAACAUCGUGGCACAAUACGCGCCAUCUGUCUCUACCACAAUCGGUCAGGCCAUGAUCGUCGUACUGGUCAUGUUCUCCUACCCUCUUCAAGUUCACCCAUGCCGCGCCAGUGUCGACGCAGUUUUGAAAUGGCGACCGAGUGACAAACUGAAAGCGAAGCUCCGUUCCACCUCCGCCACUCCCAGUUCGCUUGACUCGAGUCCUCCAGGAGAUGUGCCUCUUCUACAACCGGGAAAAAAAAACAAUACCGAGAUGAGCGAGACUCGUUUUGCCGCAAUUACCACCGUAAUAAUCAUCCUCAGCUACAUUGUCGCCAUGGCCGUAUCCAGCCUCGAGGCUGUCCUCGCCUACGUCGGCUCCACCGGAAGUACAUCCAUCUCCUUCAUCCUGCCAGGCCUAUUCUACUACAAAAUCUCCAGCCCAGACUCACCGCUCCACCAACGCCUGCUGAAGGAAGAAGACGACUACGACGCCGACUACGACGAAGAAGGCUACAAAUCCGACGACAACAAUAACGAAGCCGACGACCACGGCCAGGCCGAGGGCCAAAACUUGCUAGCAAAUUCAGGCAUCUUGAGUAUAAGUGCCGUCAGCCUGCUCAAGCGCACGCGGAAUUUCCGACGGAAAAUGCUCCGACGCCUCGCCCUUGCGCUGGCUAUUUACGGUGUCCUCGUCAUGAUUGUGUGCUUGGUUACGAAUACUUUCUUCAUCGUUGCUCAUUAA